AUGCAGAUUCUUCAGACAUUAAUCGCCGCCGCCAUUGCCAUUGCUGCCAUAGUUAUCGUACUUGCAGAGCAGGAGGCCCAUCUCAGAGUGCGCGUGCAUGACAAGUUUUACGUGACUCCCCUCGGCAUGCAAUGUGCAUUUAACAAUUGUAUUGAUCCGAGCAUGUAUCCAUGCGCCAAAAGCACUUGCGUCCGUCUUAAUUACACGUACGGCAAGUGCACAAAGGACUCGUCGGACAAUCCCGAGCAGCAAGAUCUUGACGAUCCCAAGCUUUUGUGUCCAUAUCCAAACCCAUACAAUAGCAAGCUCGGCUCCUUAGACGAUGAUGAAGACGACGACAAUACCGAAAGUCAGAAGUAA